AUGUGGAAGCAGAGAUAUUGUCGUGUGAUUGUGCUGUCGUUGGGGACGCUGCUACUGCUGCUGGUCGGAUGUUAUGCGGACGAUGACCAUGAGAAUCCUCACAGAGACCCAUCAUUAUGUGAAGUAUGCAAGUACCUUACAACUGAAGUGAAAGGAAGACUUGAUGAGACUGGCAAGACUCACGAAGUCUUGGAGACUGGCUAUGGACUUGAUCAAAAGAAGAAAAGAAAGGAAUAUAGGAAAUCAGAACUGCGGCUUAUUGAAGUCAUUAAUGAUCCACAUGUUUGUGAUAAAAUUAUUGAGUAUAAUGUCCAUGCUGAGAGGAAGGGCAGUUUGCGUUUUGCAAAGGGAAGGAGCCAGACAAUGGAGACAUUACAUGGCCUCGUACACAAGGGAGUGAAAGUUGAGCUUGGCAUUCCAUAUGAAAUGUGGGAUACCCCAUCUGCUGGUGUCACUGAAAUGCAAAGACAGUGUUUCACGAUAGUGGAAAAGUAUGAGGAAGACAUAGAGGAUUGGUACUGGAACCACCAAGAUAAGGACUUCACUAUGUUCUUAUGCAGGGAUCGAGUGCUUAGAAAAAAUGACCAGGAAUGCUUGUCUGAAACUUGGACGGGAGAGAAGGAAGAAAAGCAAGAUGAGCAAGAAGGAGAAAAAGGAGAUGUUGCAGAUCAGAAGAAAUCCAAAAAAUCAAAAAAGAAAAGUAGUAAGUUUUUUUAUAAAAAGAAGUUGAAAGGGGAUGUUGGGAGCACAGAAAAUGUGGAUUUAGAACCUACAGUGAAAGAUGAUGUGACCACAGAGAAGAAAGAUGAUGUGACUACAGAGAAAAAGGAUGAACUGUGA